AUGCCACCACCAACACCACACACACCUCUCCGAAGGCUCUCCCAAGGAUCACUUUCUCGCCUUUCACGCUCAGCCACAUACCCCGACGCCCCUCAUGGACUCGGUUUUCUUGAACCCGCGCUCGCGGAGCUGAUAGACGAAGCCGAAACCCUCCAGACCAACGUCGAAGGCCUCCGCGCCCUGGAGAUUCGCUACCUGCUGUACGUGAUGAACAUGCAUGCCCUCACCACGGACUUUCCUCAAGCACCGAGCGACGCGUCGUUUGCCUUGGCAUCCCGAAGAGCAGAUGCGACGAUGUCAACCCAGCCCGCCUCCGGGGACAGACCCAAGUCUAUCUUGAAGAACAAAGGUCCCCGGAAGCUGACGGCGAAGGAGAAGCGCGAGCGCGGCUUAGAGCUGGAGAAGAUCCUCGCUGCGCUGCCUUUGGAGUUCAGAGGCGACGACCCGAACUUGCGGAGGAACAUCGAGCAGGUCAUCGAGAAGUUUUUGGACAACCCGGGAGACGCGUUCAAUAUCACGGCGUUCGUCAAGCCGCCUGAACUCAACCAAGCAAAGGUGAAUAAGUGCUUGAUCGCGCUUGUCAAUCGCAAGAUUGUCAUCAAGAAGAACAGCACGGGUGUUGUAUUGUACCACUGGCAAGGCCCGCCUUCAUGA